UAUAUAUAUAUUUUUUUGGAACAAGAUUUUUCCCUCUAAUAAGCUGUCCAAAAUAAAAAUUUCCCCCAAAUUCAAAACUGAGCUCUUCUUCCUGUUUCUUUCAUGGCGGGAUACGAUCCUCCCUCGUUCUCCCUAGGACUCGAUCUGGGUCUCGAUUCGGAGCCCCAAAUAGUUCCGGAUAAACACCCGACCCAAACACUGGCUCCCCAUGACGAAGAUUUCGGACCUGAGGUCAUGGAUUCGGAUCCUGAAUCCCGGCCUGAACCGCCCCGGAUCCUCAAGCGCCUCAGGCGAGGUCCCACCACCACCCCGACCACCAAAACGCCGUCGCCUCGUGCCGUUGACGAUGACAUUGAAGAUUUCUCCUCAGAAGACGAUUUUCUUAAAGAUGCACAUCCACCAUCACAGUACCAAUCUAUGUAUAGCAGUUCAAAGAUCCCAUUGCAUGGAAGUGGGGUCUUAACCACUAAAUCAUCUAGCCAGUUAAACACAAGGAAAAGGAAACAGGUUUCUGAUACCUCAGCUUCUGCGAGUUUGGAGACAAACCGCAGUGAGUUAAUAUUCCCAAGAUUAACUCAGAGUCCUCUUCGAAUGUUCCAGUUAAUUGAUUCUGACUCUGAUGAUCUGCCUAGUUGUGACAAUGUAAGCGGAGAAGUUCGUAAAAUUGGUCAGUUCUCAACAGGACGACAAUCUAACUCUGACCAUUCUGCAACUUUGAGUGAAAAAAAGAGAAAAGAGUCAGCUAACAUAAAUCAAACUGAGGAUUUAUGGAAAGAUUUCUGUCCAACAAAGAGUUUUGGCAUUCCAACACCUGCUUUUGACGAGGUUUGUGAAGAAUACUUCCAAUCUUUGAAGGAUAAGAAUGUACCCCAGAGACCGAGUUAUGUAGGUUCUAGUAACAAUGAUGGCCAUCACGGUAACAUCCAAAAUGAUGAACAAGUAUGGGAUUCAGAUGACCCCCUUCCUCCUGCUCAUCACUAUUUUUUCCAUCAUGAUCCAAGGAUUCAGAACUUAGUCCGCAAUCGCUUACCCAACUUUUCUCCACUUGGUGUCAUUAACAACAGAAAAUAUCAGCAGCCUAAUGCAUCAGCUAUUGAUUACAUGAGACAAUUUAACAAUGAAGAAGCUUCUAAACGGCAGGCAACUCAGAAACUGAAUGUUGAGAAAAGCAGCACAAGGGGAAGAAAUAAAUUGAAAAAAUCAAAUACUGAAGAUGUCGUGCUUGCUUCUGGAGGCUGGAUGGACCCCAAACAGAAUGCAACUCAGAAAAUCAAUAUAAACAGGUCAACAAAGGGUAGAAGUAAAUCAAGAAAAUCACAUGCCAAAGAAGUUUCACAAGCUCCUGGAAGUUGGGUGGAACCAAAAAGCCAUGCUAGGACACCAAAGGAUGCUGGCAAAAGACGGGUUCAAGCAAAUGGCGAGUCUGCAGGUCAUUGGUUUACAAACUCAGAUGGAAGGAAGGUUUAUAUCAAUAGAAGUGGGCAGGAAUUGACAGGUCAAAGUGCUUAUAGGCAAUACCGGAAGGAGAGUGGAGCAGGGGGGUUUAGGAAGUCAAAAAAGAAAGCUAGCACCAAGAAGCGAAAAGGCUGAAGCACGACGCUCAAGGAUUUUAUCCAUUUAUUAGUUGCAACUUGUAGAAUGUACUUGGAGGACUUGCAUUGUAAGUGGUUCUAGUCAUGAAAUCCCUACUUCACUGUAGAAAAUCGUAAAAUGUAAAACUGCCUUUUACUGGAAAAUUGCUUCACAAUCUAAAUAUAUUUGAGAUGUGUGCCAAAAAACCACAUUCUUAGAUUCUUACUAAAUAUCAUUCAUUUACUCUACACCAAACCAUAGAGUGAGAAAUCUGUUUGGCACUAGUGAAACCACACUGAGUUGAUAGGAAACGGCAGAUUUUUAUGUUAGCAGUGGUGAUUAGCCGAUGAUUAUUACAUUGACUACCUUCCCCUCCCCGCUAUCCUUUCUCAAAAAAAGAAAAAAAAAAAAUAGUGCCAUUUUUGCAAAAUCCAUGUACAUCAUGACGAAUUGUAAAAAUGCCAUGUUACAACCAAAACCCAUAGCCAAAAUCAAACCCACAGACAAAAUCAAACACCAAACCACCAUUUCAACCACAACCCAUAGUCACAACCAAACCCACAAACAAAAUAAAAAACCAAACCACCAACAUAGCCACCAAAUCCAUAACCAUCAAACCACCACCAAACCCAUAGGAAAAAAAAAAAAAAAAAAUUCAAACACCACUACCACUA